CUUUUGUAAGUGGUGUAAGUGGACAACGGAGCACUCAAUAACAUGGCUAAUGGCAAUCAGAACAGCUCCUUCAAUCAAAGCUCAGAAUAUGGAAACAUAUACAGGCCACAGACAGUGUUCAGUGUCUUGACCUUCACCCUGCUUGCCAUGCUUGUUGUAGCUACUUUUAUUUGGAACAUGCUUGUCCUAGUCAUAAUUCUCAGAGUCAGAACAUUCCACCGUGUUCCCCACAAUUUGGUGGCCUCCAUGGCCAUAUCUGAUGUUAUGGUGGCUGCUCUGGUGAUGCCUCUCAGUCUGGUACAUGAGUUGAAUGGUCGGCUCUGGAAGCUGGGCCAAGCUCUCUGCCAAGUCUGGAUAUCUUUUGACGUCCUGUGCUGUACGGCCAGCAUUUGGAAUGUGACUGCAAUAGCCCUUGAUCGUUACUGGUCUAUAACACGCCACCUGGAGUACACACUAAAGACUCGCAAGAAGAUCUCCAAUGUAAUGAUUGGCUUGACUUGGCUGCUUUCAUCUGUUAUUUCCCUCUCCCCACUGUUUGGCUGGGGUGAGACAUAUUCAGAAGAAGGCAUGGAGUGCAAGGUGAGCCAGGAGCCAUCUUACACCAUCUUUUCCACAUUCGGGGCCUUCUAUUUGCCUCUCUGUGUUGUGCUUUUUGUCUACUGGAAGAUAUACAAAGCUGCUAAGUUCCGUAUUGGAUCAAAGAAGACCAACAUCAUCACUCCAGUUGCCGAGGCUGGAGAGGUAAAAGAGGCAUGUAGGCAACAGCCUCAAAUGGUGUUCACUGUGCGCCAUGCCACCGUAACCUUCCAGACUGACAAUGAGACGUGGAGAGAGCAGAAAGAGAAGAGAGCAGCUCUGAUGGUGGGCAUCCUCAUUGGUGUGUUCGUCCUCUGCUGGAUCCCAUUCUUCCUCACCGAGCUCAUCACCCCUCUGUGCUCCUGCCACAUUCCGCCAAUAUGGAAGAGUGUCUUUCUCUGGCUGGGUUACUCCAACUCCUUCUUCAACCCGCUGAUUUAUACAGCUUUCAAUAAGAACUACAAUAAUGCUUUCAGGAACCUCUUCUCCCAACAACAAUAAAACCCUCUGUUUGAGAGAUGGCAUAGCAGACAGCUUGGCCUCACCACAAAUGCCAUUUUAAACACAAGUGUGGUUAUCUGAGCACUUCAUUAAUCACAGGUUCACAAAUGAAAGCAUUUAAGCAUUGAAGGAAUAAUGUCUGGGUAUUUUAUGUGGCAGACAAUGUGAGACUUUGACCAAGGAUCUUUCUUUGAAGAAGAAAAUGGGCAAAAUGUAAUUUUGUCACAUUUGCAUUAUAUGAUUAUAGACCUACUGUCAACAGCUUCUGAUCUUAAGGCAGUCAUUUUAUAUCAGUUAAUAUUAAUGUAAUGUGAGACUGGAUUCAUUUGUAUGUGGCUUCUUCAGUAGGAUGAGUGGUGAAAUGUCUUAAAACAACCAAAAACUAAUCGCAAUGUAACAGCUAAACUUCACCUUAUAUUCUGUAAUGACCUAGAUGAAUGAGAAUCUUCACAGACAGAUACACUACAUGGCCAAAUGUUUGUGGACACCUCCUUCCAGUGGCAGACUGUGAAGGUAUCAGCCCUGGAUUUUACUUAGAAACUGGCCCAAAAGUUGUUGAGUGGGGUGGUGGGGUGUCGCAAGAUGUUGAGCGGCAGCCCUUUUCAGCCUGUCACAGCCCCUUUGGUAUAACGCGGCGGCCCAUUUCAGAUUAUCACAGCCCUUUCGGCCGCAUUUCGCAGCUGGUCCCAGUUCUCCCUAUGGCAAGUCUGCCCCUGCCCCCUUAUAAUUAAUGUGUUUCGCUAUUUCAGCUUCAAUCUUUACUAAUAGGUACAUAAAAUCAAGCAUUCAGGCAUACAAUCGCCAUAGACAAAACAUUGCAGUAGAAUCAGGUGUAUGUUUUCUGAUCCAGCAUGACAAAGAGUGUGAAAAAACUUGAUAAUAUUGCAGAAAGCCCAGACCAAUCACAGUGAAUUCAGUGGCAGAAGGUUUGAAAGUUCUGCUACUGAAAUCGGUUUGUGCUAAUUGAAAUUCGAAACCAUUGCCCACAGUGGCCAAAGCUGGAAGUGUUUUUGAGAUGAAAUGUCCACAGGGUGGCACCAAAAGUUAACUGUAUUUUCAGCUGUAAAUGAUACAAUACAGUCAACAAGAAUGAAUAAAUUUUAUUAACCCUACUCCCUUACUCAAACCCCGAUUCCAGACCUAACAGUCAAUGGAGUAAAACUUUUUGAGCAAAAAUGCAACUUCCGAACCCGAACACAAUUACAUCCACAGGGACCAAAACACGUCUCGGAGAUUGCAUGCUCAACACACUAUUGGCUAGUUGAUUUUACGAACGUUCCAUGAUUGUCAGACGUCACUGGUGGGCGAUGGUAUUUCCGGUCUAACGCUACGUUAGGUUCAUCGACGACGCCGGUAACUGUCAGGUAAGACUAGGACCAGAUAAACAUGGCUUUCUACACCAGAUCCCUUCAACAUCUGCCAAGGAUAACGAUAAAUGACGUACACCGAAUAAUUCAAGCGUCAUCACCGGCUCCCAAGAGCAAGAGGGAAAAGGGUUUCAAGAUAUACGUCUCUUCAUUCAUUGACAAUUAUGUUAUGCUAUAUCUUUAGCUAGCUGUAGCCCUAACGUUAGCGAUGAUGCUAGGUGACGUUAGGCUAGAAAGUAACCUUUACAAAAUACUUAUUAAAUGAUUAAUUUUAGUUGUUGGUCACAUGUGGUUUAUUAUAUGUUCAUUUUACUAUCUGACAUUGAAUAAAUGUAUGGGCGUUUCUUCAACAAGGGGCACUUUUAGGCUUGUGAAGUUGAAUAAAAAAACUUGUUCAAAAGUCACGUAACACCGUCUCAUAAGUUUAAAUUAUUUGUCUAGUUUUAAGCUCUGUAAGAGGACAAACUUAGAUUACAAGAGAAGUUAUGAGACUGUGUUAGUCUCAUAACUAAGAAGUUAUGAGUUAUUCUGUUUUUAGAUAACGGCAGUGAAAUGUCAUUUCCACCACAUCUCAAUGCUGUUAUUUAAAAACAGAAUAACUUAUGUCAGUCAAGAAUUGUCUAGGAUCAUUUUUGUAACUAGUUUUAUCAGUUUUUCCACAAUGUACAAUAAUUAUACAUUUGUCAAUGAGAUAAAUUAACUGCCCUAAGGACCAAACGGUGAACAGUACACCUGUCACACUCUGAAAUGUAAUACUGGUUUGGGCAAGAGCUUAUUAGAAAAUAAAUGACUUGCAUUUUUAUAUUAAGUAGAGCAUGAUCUCGUAAAUUGUUGAUACAUUUUUAAUGUGUGAUGAGAACUUUUUAAAUAUUUUUUAAAAAUAUGGGUGGUGAUGGAAAUUACAAUGAAUUAACGUGAAUGUAGAGAAACA